UCUCUCUUUCUUGACUCUCACUUUCAGAGAGAGUGCAGCUGAGCCGCCAUGGACUCCGACGAGAGCAAGCUCUUCAUCGGCGGCCUCGCCUGGGACACCACCGAGGAGAAGCUCACCGAAUACUUCAACCAGUUCGGCGACGUCAGCCAGGCCCUCAUCAUGCGCGACAAGACCACCGGCCGCCCCCGCGGCUUCGGCUUCGUCGUCUUCUCCGAUCCCGCCGUCCUGGAUACGGUCAUCAACGACAAGCACACCAUCGACGGCCGAACGGUGGAAGCAAAGAAGGCUUUGUCAAGAGAAGAACAGCAAACAUCCAAUAGAACUGGAAAUUUUAAUGCCAUUAGAAGCUCCGGAGGUGGAGGAAAUUUCAAGACUAAGAAAAUAUUUGUUGGAGGAUUGCCUUCCACACUGACAGAAGAUGGAUUUCGCCAAUUCUUUGAAGAGUACGGCAGUGUUACUGAUGUUGUAAUAAUGUAUGACCAGAAUACUCAACGACCUCGAGGAUUUGGUUUCAUAACAUUUGACACUGAAGAUGCAGUUGAUAGAGUAGUCCAACAGAACUUCCAUGAGGUGAAUGGUAAACUUGUAGAAGUAAAACGAGCACUUCCCAAAGAUGCAAAUCCCGGCAGUGGAGGUCGUGGUGGGAGCUAUCAAGGUUAUAGUUCCUCGGGUGCCGGUACAAAUGCAUUUGAUGGCCGAAUGGAUGGCAAUAGAUAUAUGCAGCCUCAGUCGACGGCAGGUGGCUUCCCUCCGUAUUCUGGUUAUGGCACUGCAGGUUACGGUUAUGGUGGAAAUACUGGUGUUGGUUAUGGAAGUUAUGGUGUUGGUGGUUAUGGAAGUACCAAUUCUGGUUUUGGUGGUCCUGCAGGAUCAUAUGGAAAUCUAAAUGCCCCAAAUGCUGGUUAUGUUAGUGGGGCACCUGGUGCAUUGAAAAAUGCUUGGAGCAGCCAAAGCCCCUCUGGCUAUGGUGCUUCAGGUGGCUAUGGGGUUGCAGCUUCGUGGGUUAUUCCAGGUGGAAGUGCUCCUUCUGGUCCCAGAGGUCAAUCCCCUAGUGGGGUUUCUGGCUACGGGUAUGGAAAUUAUGGAGGAAGUUAUGGUUCUUAUCCUGGUGUAUAUGGGACUUCUGGUGGGCGUGGUGCAAGUACCCCAACUAGUGGAGAGCAACAAGGAACACGAGGUGGCUACAUGGGAAGUGCAUAUGGCGACACUAAUGGAAAUGCAGGAUAUUCUAAUGCAUGGAGAGCAGACCCUUCACAAGCCAGCGGUGGCUAUGGUAGUUCUCAGUCCAGGCAGACUUAACAGCAGAGCUUGAACAGAUUUAGAAUUCUUUCACAAGAAUCCUUACACAUACGAUCUUUUCCCCAGUUUGACAGCUUAUGCAUGAGAUAGUUGACAAUGAUUAUUUGGCUGGUUAGAUCGCUUGAUUCUUGGUGGUAGUUGGCAGAAGUAGUUCUGCUAGAAAUCACGACCAUUACAUUCUAGCAGUAUUAUUUUUUAGUAAAGUUUCUUUAAAUUGUGGAAUUUAUUAUUAGCUUGCCUAGACUGUGUGCUUGCUAGUUUUGGAGCUACCCUCCUCAUUUUACUUCGCUCUCUCUCCCCUCUACUUUUUCACUAGAUAUUUCUAUUCAAGCUACCAUUGUGGAUAAUGAUACUAGUUUAUUGUUGGUGCUGCAUAAUGAUGAUAGUUUAUUGCUGUUAUGUCAUUCAAUUACAGUGCUAGAAGUUUGAUUUCA